GUGCCAGCCUGCGGCUGUCCGGCGGGAGGAACGGCUGGGGGGGGCCGCGGGAGGUGUACAAUGGCAACAGCUGGGGGACGGUGUGUGACGACUUGUGGGACCUGCGUGAUGCCCAGGUGGUGUGCCAGCAGCUGGGCUGCGGCCAGCCCGGGGCCGCCCCGGGCAACGCACACUUCGGCGUUGGCUCUGGGACCAUCUUCCUGGAUGACGUGCAGUGCAGUGGGGACGAGCCCUCCCUCCAGAUGUGCAGGCACAAUGGCUGGGGUGUGCACAACUGCAGGCACAUAGAGGACGCCAGUGUCAUCUGUGCAGGUGCGUGGGUAGCAGAGGCCACCAGCUCUACAGUGGAGUUCCUGGUCUCCUGUGUCCCCAUCCCGUUUUCGUCGCGAUCGCCGUCGUGGUACCCUAUACCCCAAGCAACUUAUUUUUGUGGUGGCUCACUCUCAAAUUCCUCUGGGGUGCUGCAGAGUCCCUUCUACCCUGGAAGUUAUCCAAACAACGCUGACUGCGUGUGGGAAAUACAAGUAGAGAACAAUUUCCGCGUUAUGCUCACAUUUAGAGACAUUGCGAUGCAAAGCGGCAGAUGCCAGCAUGACUAUGUCGAAGUCUAUGACGGGCCUCCACACUCUUCCCUGCUUCUUGGGAGACUUUGUUCUGGUUCCUUUCCCACGUACGUAUCCUCUUCAAACAUGAUGACCGUCCGCUUUCGCAGCGAUUCUAGAGACGCUUUCCGAGGAUUUCAGGCUCACUACUCCUCCAUUCCAGCAGAUCACAACACUACCCUUCUGUGCUUGCCAGACUACAUGCGAGCGGUGGUUAGCAGAGACUAUCUCCAGUCUCAAGGCUACUCGGCACCGAUGGUCACCCUGAACGACGGUCGCUGUGAACCAACAGUCACAUCACACCAGGUUAUAUUCAACAUUCCCUACGACGGCUGUGGGACGAUACGAGAGGAGAACAAUGAUACAAUCAACUAUUCCAACACGAUCAAAGUUACAUCUUCUGGGCACAUAAUCAGGAGGAAAAAGAAUAUUAAUUUACACGUCAGCUGCAAAAUGCUACAGAACACAUGGAUGCAAAUCAUGUAUGUGGCUGAAGAUACUAUAGAUGUGAAUGAAAAUCAGUUUGGAAGAUAUGACGUGAACAUCACUUUUUAUGAUUCCUCAUCAUUCUUGCGGCAAGUGCAAGAAUCUCCAUACUACAUUGACUUGAACCAAAAUUUGUACCUUCAAGCUUAUCUUCACAGUUCUGACCCAAAUCUGAUGGUGUUUGUCGACACAUGUGUGGCAUCACCUGAUCCUCGUGAUUUCAACACUCUGGCCUAUGAUAUAAUCAAGGAUGGAUGCGUUAGAGAUUCUUCCUACGUCACUUACAACUCCCCCUACAGCCACUUCGCCCGGUUCAAGUUUAAUGCCUUUGAGUUCAUCAGCCGCCACGCGUCGGUGUACCUGCGGUGCGAGCUGGUGGUGUGCAGGCUCCACGACUAUUCCUCCCGCUGCUACCGGGGCUGUGCCAGCAGGUCCAAGAGAGACACGAGUUCUGCCGAGGAAAAAGCGAGCGUGGUGGUCGGACCGCUUCAGCUUCGACAAGGAGGUGCUCAGAGUAGGAAUACUGCAAGUGGUACCUGGUGGCACUCAUCAGGAGGCUCAAACUCUGGAGGUCACAACUCAAUAUGGAAGAAAAUUACAAAAUGGAUAAAAGACAAAUUUAAACCCAAAGAACAUCCCAAACUGCGACUGGUGUCUGGAGGGGACCGCUGCGCCGGGAGGGUUGAGGUUUACCAUGAUGGCAAAUGGGGGACGGUCUGUGAUGAUUACUUCAGUAAGAAGAGUGGCAGCGUUGUAUGCAGACAGCUUCAUUGUGAUCGAGUUGUUGCUGUCUUGGGAAACUCUUACUUUGGCCCUGGCAGAGGACACAUCCACCUGGAUAAUGUGCAGUGUAGAGGAACCGAAUCUUAUCUUUGGGACUGUCGGCAUGCUGGCUGGGGAAAACAUAACUGUGGACACAACGAGGACGUCAGCGUCAUCUGUUCAGAUGCAGUACGCUCCACGGCUGCAGUGACAG